UACAGUUGUUAGGGAGGAUGCCACAUGGUUGGAUGACUCAUAGUAAGAUAUGCUACAAAAGGCUAUCCAUAACAACAUAUCUUUUACAGAGUUGCUCAAAAGUAUUAAGGGCUGUUUGGUUCGUAGGAUUAGUAGUGCAAAGUAAUGUAAUGGCCUGUAUUUCUUAAAUUAGGGUAUUUGGUUGAUUUUGAGUGGAACAGAAGAAAAUUAUUGGAAGCAUUAGCGAUGUAUUAGCGGAGGCCGAUCCCGCGACUUCGAAAGCCGCUCAAUUUGAGCGGAUUAGAAAUUCUCUCCCGCGAUAACCAGCCUCGUGCGAUGGUGUCGCAGACGCUGAGCUUAUAAUUUCUCUCUUCUUCUCCGUUCUUCCCACUCUCUCCCCGGCUCUCUAGUCCGAAAUCCCCAACAGUUGGUCUCUCCCUCUCUAGAAAUCGAAGCCCCCUCUUAUAAUUUCUCUCUUCUUCUUCCAUUCUAGAAUCGUGACGCUGAUCAAUGAUGGCGGAGCAGAAACCUGGGGGUGGAGGGAUGGGCGAAGGCUCGAAAGAAGGGGUCACCACUAGAGAUUCGAACGGUGAUAUGCAUGAAGUUACAAAGAUGGUUGAGCCAUUCAAAGAUGUUGCCGAACUCCAUGAAACUCAAAAAUAUAAUGAUGUCCUAAAAGUGAUUUUCAUUCCGGCGAACAUGGGCUUCCUCGACCGAGCCUUAAGGUUGCUGGCGAGGUGGUGGAUGCUGAUGAUUUUCAUUCCGGCGAUACUAUUGCUUGCGUUCGAGGCCUCGAAGCUCGGGUGGAAACAAAGCGAGACUGUCGAGGUGGAAAAGCGGCAACUGGAGGGUUCUCAGGUUCUGGUGGCGCUUGUUUAUUUUGGCAUUUAUCUUAUGUUGUUCAAUGAUCAUGGUGAUUUUUUUUAUUUUUCUAGCCAUGAUUGUGUAUCUUUUAAUGAUAGCCCUAGUUUCAAUUGCUUCUCUUUUCUUGCUUUCAUAGGUGAGAGAGGGAGUUGCCAAAUUGUGGAUGUUGGCAUGCUUAUGUUUUCUACUUAUCUAGUCUUCGGUCUCAUUUCCUGCAUUUCUGUUGCUUCUCAUUUCUUGGGUGGUAGUGGGUGUUGCCAAUUUAUAGAUAUUGUUUUGCUCUUAUUUUCUAUUUAUCUAUUUUGGUAAUGUUAGCAGUUAUAGGGCCCUGAUUUGAUGAUUUCACUUUUGAUUGGGAGAAAUUUCUAUCAUUUCUAAUUUGGUGUUCAGUUUAAUCAUUGCCUGAAUAUCAUUUUUGACACUGAUUAUCUGUUGAUUAGUUUGUCUUGCAUUAGCUCUGGCAUUUACAGUUGUUUUUAGUGGUGUGUUAGUUGGCUAUUUAGGAGAAUUGAGUGGCAGAUGGGCUUUUGGCUUCAUUAUUGUUUGGGUACUACUCACUCGAGCAAUUAUCAAUUUUUUGUUUAGUAUUUUGGUUUUCUUGUCAGGUUUUUACUUCUUAUUUUCUAGUGGUGGUGCUAUUGGGGCGAUUUGAAUGCUCGUUACAUGGAAUAUAAUGAAUCAGUUACCUCCAGUCAAUGUUUUUUUUUACCGGUGAGCUUUGUCAUUUACACUAUAUUGAUAUUUGUCAUCCUAUCUUUAGCAUUAAUCAGACUAUUCAGUUGGAUGGAAACCAUUUUGUUUGCUAUUUGGUUUGUCUUUAUGAUAUCUUGACUAUUAUUGGCAGCUUCUUUUCUCAUUUUUGGUCAUUUUUUGUUGUUCAUAUCAAUAUUCCUAUCAGGUUCAAUACUCUUGUGAAUAUGGGCUUGUUCCUUAAUGUGCUUUUUUGGGUUAGUUGAUGGCAGGCUUCCCUAAUACCGUCAUC